UAAUCCUUCGUGUCCAUAUUAUAUAGUAUCUUAAUAUAUAUAUAUGUAGUAUUUAUAAGUAUGUAAGUACUUACUAAUGUAUGCAUGUAUAUGUCUACUACAUAUAUAUAAAUGUAUGAUUGCAAUAAAUGUAUGGGUUGAGAAAAUCAAACAGAUGUAAACGAAUUUUUAUUCCCAGUCAAAAUUAUUAUCGUGCCGCAGUGACUACUUUAGCUGUUAUCUGAAAUGGUUUAUAAAUAAAAUUAAAAAUUUAAAUUUGAAUUUCAUUUUACAUAUAUAACAAAUAAAUAUGUGGGUAUGCCGGGACGGAUUCAAUUAUGUGGUAAGGAGACAAGAAAAACAAAAAAUAUGUUUCGGAUCAGGAAAAUCAAGAGAUUUAAGUUUAAAAAGUGGAAUCAGUUCAUUUAUGCGCAACCAUACUCUGGAAAAUUUUGAAAAUAUUGGCCCCGGUAGUUACAAUGUCUUAGAAUCAUUCAAAACUACAACUAAUAAACCAUGUCAAAAAUCAUUUAGCAAAAAAGGAUACGGAGGAUUAGCUAAUUCUGGAUACUGCGCAGUUCAUAUGGAAGAUUAUCCGGCGCCAAAUGAGUACGAUGUAACUCUACCGCGAAAAAAUAAAUUCAAGUACCCGUUCAACUGCACAUCUAAGAAAAAAGAUAAUAGUAUUAAUAAAAAUCCUGGCCCUGGCUCCUAUCAAUUGAACCAACCAAAGCGACGCAUUUUAUUUGAUCACGACUUUGGACACUGCGUUAAAAUGCGUCUAGGAGUUGAAGUUAAAUGUACGAAAAGAAAUACAGACAUCUGUGAAGUCUGCAAUGAAAAACCUCUGGGCGAUUACUGGCAUUUAAAUAACCGGGUGUUUAUUUGCCGAGCGUGUAUGGCUCAAGAGCGACGACGACCGCGUAAACAUAAAAAGGAUGAACUGAAUAAUUUUAAAAAAAUUCGUGACUGCUCAUGGAUCCAUUCGCACGAAGGAACGGAUGCCAAUGUCUGGCUGAUGCAUCCAAGUGUCAUACGCAAAUGGACUCAGCGAGAAGCUUACAUGUGUUCUUAUGUCAAAGACUAAUUAAAAUAAAUAAAAUAAAAUAAUAAUUGUUGAUGUUGUAAUAUUAAAAAAAAAAUUUUUAAUAAAAAGAUAUUAAGUAAU